GGACGGCCAUUAUAAAAGUACCUCCAAUUAAAAUCUCACCAAAUCAAUCGAUGGCAUUAAGCUGUUAACUCAUAAAACACCCAUCAAUUGUUGUGUAAGUGUCCACGAUUGUCUGUUAUCCACAGUGACAUUGAACAAUAGAUUCCGAUUCUGAGCAGACGAGAGAGCGCGGGCUUAUUCCCCUCGAGUCUCCGUAACCGAAGCUGAGUCAAACACGAGCUGACGUGUGCGUGCUCUCUCUCUCCCGCGCGUUUUAUCGUGAUAGUAUUCUACAACAUGGACUUACAGUCGUAGGACGAGAUGACAAACUGUUUUUCUCAUGUAAUCUUAUUUUGUGUCGUCUUUUUUGGAGUUUUAGUUUUCUGUGAGCCUGACCAGUGCUUUGAAUUCUGUCACUCCGAGGAGAUAAAUUCUGGUCCGGAAGUUAAUGAUUUGUAUUGUAACCAUGCGUGCAAAGUGAGACAGUGUCAAUGGGGAUGUGAGCAUUACAAAGUAGGACCCGAUUCCACCUGUCAGGACACUUGUACUGAGGGAUGGACCGGACAGGGGAACAGUACAAGCAAAGCCCGAAGUUUACAACAAGAGGAGAGCCAGUAUUGUAGCGAAGGAUGCCUCCGAGCACUGAAGACAUAUGCUGACCAAAUUCGAGCCCAGUUACCUCCCCUCCCAGUACCGGAGCUGAAAAAUGGUAGGAAGAGUCAUUCAUCUGUGGUACUUCACUGGAACACUGCGCGGUUGCCUAACAUCACCUAUUAUGUCCAGGCCCGCAUGCCAGACACCACCAGUACUUGGGAGAUCACCAGCGCCACUUGGUUGGAAGGAGGGGAUAUUAACGUCACCAAUCUUAGACCAUUUGUAACUUACAAGUUUCAGAUCCUGUUGGUAAUCACUCCCAGGGACUUCUUAUCCAGCAACGAAUCAGAACCAAUCACCACAGAGCCUUACGGAGCUCCCUCUGAAGCUCCACGUAUUUCUGAUGUUUCAUCACCCACACCAACUGUUAUCUCCGUGACCUGGAAACCACCCAUGUAUACCAAUGGACAGUUGCUAGGAUACUACUUAACCUUGACCCCUGUAAGCCCCCAGAGCAAGGACAAGAAGAGGACCAUCAGAGAGGUGGCUCCGGAUACCACCCAGUGGACGUUCAGGCAGCUGAAACCUGCCCAGGUUUAUCUAGUGAAUAUAUCAGCGACAAACUCGGCUGGAAAAGGCCCGUCUGCGUCUGUUAAUGUAACUACCCCCGGUCCAGGAAAUUUAUCGACAGAGGAUGCCCCAUUCCUGGUCCUCGCCCAGGACAACAAAGUGGUCAAACAGAAUAUGAAGCUCCUCAUAACCUCUGACCCUGAGACACUCUCAACUUUGACACCUUCUAAUACAAAGGUCAAAGGCCUAGCUCUCAGUAUUGAUAAACAGAUUUUGUAUGUGAGUGAUUCAAGCAAGAACAUCUCAGUCCUGAGAACAGACAGUCUGGGACAGUCUAAGAUUAUCUUCUCUGAACUCGCAGAUCCCUCUGGCAUCACACUCGACUGGCUCAGGGAUAUUCUGUAUGUUGUUAAUCAGCUACAGAUUUACCAGUGUGAUAUUCAGACAGACACCUGCUACCCUGCAACGGGGAAGUUACCAGCAGUACCGGCCGACAUAAAGGUUGAUCCUAUAAAUGGGUAUCUGUAUUUUACUCUAAGUGUGGGACAGCAGGGAUUGUACAGAGUUGAUACCGGUGAUAUCACAUCCCUAAGCCCUGCCCCCUUCAGGCCUAUCAUCACCGACAACUUCCUAUCCUUUACCUUGGAUUUCAACAACAUCCUCAUCUACUUCCCUGAUGAGACCCAGAAUUCAAUGCGAUCGUCAUCAUUAGAUGGAAGCGACGUUACUGACAUCAGAAAGACUAGGACUGUGCGCCCUGAAUUCCAGAAUAUUGUCAGUAUGGUGCACUAUGAUGAGCUAUUUUACUGGACCAAUGGGAAGAAAGUGAUGAGGGAGGAAUAUAACGAAGCCCAGGAUACGUACUACCAUAACCAAGCGCUGAUGUUUGCCAGUCAUUUCUCAGCACUGAAUGUCUUACACCGAAGUAUGCAACCAAAACCAGUUCCCCACAGUGCUCCCCACUCACUGCAGGCUUUAUUUAGAACUGUUGAUGUUCUUUUGUCAUGGGAACCACCAAAAAGACUUAAUUACCAAGGUAAGGGUGCAUGGAACAGUUGGUCCUAUGACAUUGUGUUACUGGGAAAAGAUGGCAGACAGAGACAACUGAUAUCAAAUGUACGACAGACCUCGCUAACCUUAUCUAACCUUGACUCUAACACCACAUACCAGGUCAAGGUCAGAGCCAAGUCUGAGAUUGGAACUGGACCUUGGUCCUCCUUGUUUUCAGGGAGGACUCUGACAACAGACGCUAUUACUGCCAGGCUGGUGAUGAUAGAACCAAACCGAUUUGGUGGAGGCAUUCUAGUGGGAACUGAUACGUUAGGAGAGAAUCGGAAAAGAUUAGCAAUAGUUAGAGGCAGAGUAAGGGACAUGACAUGGACUCCCUCAAUAGUAUACAUGGUGACAGAAGAAGGAGCUCUUCUGUAUUACCAGCAUGGAAACUUCGCUGCCAUCAGAGAAGACGUCCCAAGCCUGGUCAGCGUGGCAUAUGAUUGGCUGGCAGGAAAACUCUACAUGUCACUGUCAACCAAUCCAGGGGUGAUCAAAAGGGCUAACCUUUCUGACCUGAAGAAACAGGAAUUUGUGAUACAAGGAUUGGCAAGUCACAUGACCAUAGAUUCCAUAAAUGGCCGCCUCUACUGGGUGACAGAGAACAGUGUGGAAUCAUGCCUUCUCAAUGGAGAACAGCACAUCAAACACUUCUUCAUUCCAUAUUUCUCAGGGAGCAAGGUCAUCAGUCUGACCUUGAACUUUGACCUCAAGAAGCUACUAUGGUAUGUGAAGAGUUAUGAUCGUCAGGAGCUGUAUAUGACGGAUUUGAUCCAAAGGGAGGAGACCGGUGGAGCCAACCAAUAUCAACUGAUUGGCACAGUCAACUCUAUUGCCAAUGACUCCGUGCUUCAGUACCACUUUCACCGAUUAUUCUGGCAGAAUGCUGACCAGCAGGUGAUCCUGGGGGAUCUGGAUGUUAAUCAUACCUCAGUGGUCACUCAGAGUGGUGUGUCCAUCUUCCUGGUCCAGCAUCCUUCACUUCAUCCCUACCCAGAGGGAUUAAAUGAGACAACAAUUCGGGUGAUACCCAGUGUCAUUGACCCAGACAGCAUUACUUGUAGUGGACAUUGGUCAAAAUUUAACAUCUCUUGGAGUCCAGCCUCUGUUAAUUAUGGUAGCCUGUACUACGAGGUGUCUAUUGAGUCGGACACUGCCGUUAUUAUGAAAACAGAAAAGACUUGGUAUGAAGCUGAGGGGUUUAUGCCUUACAGUGAGUUGACUGUGAGGGUGGCAGGCUACACAUAUUGGGGGUAUGGGAAAUCAUCCACUGCUGUGAUCAGAUCCCCUAUGGCAGCACCAUCUAAACCACUGACUCCUAGAGUGUAUGUCAAUCAGCUGAAGGAAUCCUCUGGGGCAGAAACCUGUAUGGGGGCCUCGUUUAGGUGGGAGUCACCAGAGUACAGCAAUGGGAUCAUCAACCAGUAUGUGGUGACCUACUGGAAAACGGGGUCAAAUCAGCUGAUCAAGAAGGUUCUGGCCCCCACCGCCCGACACUUCUCCCUAGAUGCUUGUCUACAGAACAACUACACAUAUAACUUCCAGGUACAAGCGUGCACUUAUGAGGAAUGUAGUGAAAUGACGGAGAUCAAACAGGCAACAGCAGAGGCUUUGAAUCCAGUUCCCAGGAUCCUUUUGGCUGAUAACACCAAUAUCCAAGUGAUGGAUGUAGACAGUACCCACAAUGUUCACACUCUGGUAACCGGGGCAUCUCCCUUAGCAGUGACCUACUUUCAAGUGUCACAGGAUGAUCGGGUAUUCUGGGUGGAUUACAAUAGUCAGUUAUGGCAGUACUCUACUACUCAUGGAAGGAAAAAGUUGCUGGAUUUAGGGAUGACUUUCACAGUGAUGGACAUGACAAUGGAUUGGAUUAGUAGGACCGUGUACAUUGCGUCAGUCAAUACAAAGACAAACACAAGCACGAUCACCUCCUACCAACUGGACGAGGCCAAACAGAGGGUCCAGCUUAAUGGCAGGAGGAACAUAGUGGGCAGUAUUAUCAGGGAACCUUACUCCAGCACCCUGUUUUGGACUGAGCGGCCUGUCUCUGGUUCCCACAGUGAACUGUUUUUCUGUAGAGAGGGAGGGGACCCCACCCGCAUGUUCUCCCUCAGGGCCCGGAGAUCUCUAGACACACCAUGUAACUGUACAGUGUCUGCCGUAGGAGACGUGUUGGCCCUCGACCACACCAAAGGGACAGAACUGGAGAUCUUAUUCUAUGACACAGCGACCAAGGCCAUUAUUGCAUCAGAUACACAGGGCUGUCACUGUAGGGAGAUAAUCAAAAAUGCACAAGGUUUCCCCCCUGAUUUGUUGUCUGUGGAUCACAUGCUGAUUUAUUGGUACCGAAAAAGUGAGAACCAGUUAAACUCCCUGGACAAGGUCACAGGAAAGGUCACCCAGAUACCAGUGGUCAGUGUCAAGAGUAUAGAGGCAUAUGGAUCACACCUACAACCCCUACCCAGUGAUGAAUGCCUGAAUCCUGAGGCAUAUAGUGGGAAUUUGAGUUUGGCAAGGAGCAGGAAUAUCUCCCUGACUGUUCACUUAGACAGUGUAACGUGGCCAGACACGUGCAAUGGAAUAUCCCAUCCAGCCACAAAAUACAUUGUCUACUACACACAGUCAGACAAACAGGGCGACAGCUGUCACUCCAACAGUCCAGACUGCAAAAAAUCUGAGAGUUACAGUAAUGAGAUAACUCUGACAGGACUGGACCCUUACACUCUAUACACUGUACAUGGUGCAGUCAGUAAUUACUACACGGAAUAUCUGUCCAAGGCACUUAGUCAGCCAUUUUACUUCAGAACAAAAGUUGGAGUACCUUCCCCACCUAUUCAAGUCAACGCCACAGUGGACACGCCAAUAACAAUCAAAGUGUCCUGGUCAGCCCCGGUCAGUCCUAACGGUCCAGUGGAGGAUCUGAAGUACAUGGUCAAAUACUCCACUCAGAUCAAUAAUCAACACCAGGUGGUCAACCGAACUGUGAAAGUGGACCCAGACGCUGACCAGAGGUACAGCUACAACUUGACUGGACUACAACCGGGGCACAACUAUGAAAUCAAGGUGCUGUCAGGUAACUCAGAAGGUGUGUUCUCUUCAGACAGUCUACCUGUAAAGGUGAAGACGUAUGAAAAUCCCGGCCCCAUCCUGCUGUUAAAUGCCACCCACAACACCCUGUGGAUCUCCUGGACGCCUCCCCCAGAUAACAGUAGCCAGAUGCAUCUCUUUUAUUAUGGGAAGGUACUGGACCAGGGGGUGGAGUUGUGGAAUCAGUGGGGUUUCCGUGGGUUCCCAGAGAUGACCGAUGUGUCAAAGACCUACAUCAAAAACUUCACAAACUUGGAACCAAGCACAAAAUAUGCAUUCAAAGUGAAACUAAGUUAUCGAGGAUCACGUAACUCCCAAUUUUUCUGGCCCACAGAUGUUCUAAAAUUUGUGUUCAAAACCCAAGCUGAUGUUCCUGGGGUUCCAUCCAUUCCAAUUGUAAACAAACUCAGUCCUGGGUAUCAGGUAGAAUGGCAGGCACCCCGAGACAAUGGAGAACCAAUCCUGAACUAUACAUUGCAAUGCUGUGAUGAGGAGGAUUGUGUAGUUAUGUACGAGGGGAACCAGACCCGGUGGUUGGUGGACACCUCUCUCCUCCCCCAGAAUCAGGACCUCUAUUUCAGAGUGGCUGCCACAAACAUCCUAGGUCAAGGUCCCUUCAGUUCAAAUAGUUCAUCAUUUAAUUACAUAGAUGAUCCAGUUCCUAUAGAUAAUAUGACUGUCCUGGCCGUGAUCCUCUCAUUUGUAUUGUUUUUCAUUCUGGGAGCUUUUUUUAUUGUGUACUUUUUAAUAAGAAGGCAACAGCAGCUCAAACAGAAGCCCGUCCAUUUUGUUGCCGUGUCACGGGGACCUGACAUGGAGCUAGCCACGCUCCGCGAUUUACCAACGACCACCGUACAGCAAAAUAAUACACUGUACACCAUCAACAUGGUUCCUACAGACAGCGACAUUGCGGCCCUCCCACACUUUAGACGAGAUCAACUGAUGCUGACUAAGUUUCUUGGGAGUGGGGCAUUUGGAGAAGUGUUUGAGGGCGUGGCUAAAAAUAUCCUUGAUGACAACUCGGGAAAAACCAAAGUAGCUGUUAAGACCCUUCGUAAGAGUGCCUCGGACCAAGAGAAAGAGGAAUUCCUGAAGGAAGCUCUUCUGAUGAGUAACUUUAAACACGACCACAUCCUGGGUCUGCUGGGGGUCUGUCUGGACAAUGACCCACAAUUCAUCAUAUUAGAGCUGAUGGAAGGGGGUGAUCUUUUGUCAUUCCUAAGAGCUAAUCGACCUUCAGCAAUGAAUUCAGUGUACCUGAGUCUAGCAGAUCUGAUGAAGAUUUGUGUCCAUGUGGCCAGGGGCUGUACAUACCUUGAGGAAAUGCAUUUUGUACAUAGAGAUUUAGCAGCAAGAAAUUGCCUUGUGUCUUCAAAAGAUCCAAGAAAUAUGGUUGUGAAAAUCGGAGACUUUGGCCUCGCCAGAGAUAUUUAUAAGAAUGAUUAUUACAGAAAGGAGGGUGAGGGACUACUUCCUGUCCGGUGGAUGUCCCCUGAAUCUUUAGUGGAUGGAGUUUUUACAACACAAUCAGAUAUAUGGGCUUUUGGGGUAUUGAGUUGGGAGGUGUUGACCUUUGGUCAGCAGCCAUACCAGGCAAGGACCAACAUUGAAGUUUUACACUUUGUAAGGUCAGGAGGUCAACUAGACCAGCCAGAAAACUGUCCACAGGACAUAUUUGAAUUGAUGAAGAAAAGCUGGAGCACAGUUCCAGACGAGAGGCCAUCGUUCUCCACGAUUCUAAAGCAGUUGGAGGAAUUCCACGAGAACUGUGCUGUUCUACUGACGGAUUACAUUGUACCUGUCAGGUCAAGGUCACCCAACCCUGAUGUUGGUAGAUGUCGUGAUUCCUACCUUUAUGGUCAUUUUGCUCCACCCACCCUUGGCUUCAGUGGCAAUAUUAAUCCCAAUGAAGGCUUCUUAGGUGAGCAGAUAGCUGCUUAUCUCCAUAACAAACAGAUUCAGGAACAGCGCGAUGCUCAGCGUUACUCUCGCAUGGAUGUGGUGCAUGAAUACAUAGAUGUGAAUGUUGUAAACAUGGAUGGCUCCUAUUUUACUUAUAAUCCUGUGUUUAACAUUGAGAAGGCACACCCAGAAACACAAAUCGCAACAGUUGGCGUAGUCGAGGGGAAGUCCACCCAUCGUCCGUUAACAAGGUCACGCGGGAUGAAAGUGCCUGGUUGCUUCCCCGAGACACGAGCAAAGCGGACAAAACGGCCGAAUCUGAAGAUCUCAUUACCUUCACCUGAAAAUUUUGGAGAGACUAAUGGAUUGUAUAGGAAGAUUCACAGGGCAACAUCAUUUGACUCCCCAGAACCUCGGGAAACAGAAGUAGAUGAGGAUAUGCUGGAUUAUCUUAACCCCAAACUAGACGGGGGGCCCUCGUAUCUUCAGAUCAUCAGUGACCCUAGUGACCCCCCUCCACACACUGUCCAUUCCAAGUCGCGCUUAUCAUCUCAUAACAGUCGUCACACUUCAUUGAACAGUCGCCAUAACUCCCAAAGCAGCCAAUCAAAUACCAGGAAACAACGCACUGAAUCUCAGAGCAGUCGCCACAGUUCUGCUUCUACAGACAUUUAUUCUAGUCCAGUUGGGUCAAAUCUUAACCUUGACCUACCGUCCACAAACAUUGGUAAAAACUGCGAGUAUGAACAAAUCCAUUCCAUAGAAUCCGUGGGUGGAAGAUACGCCUCUUACUUGAUGGCCCCUCCCAGCAUUCCAGAGGACGAUGAUGACGCAUUCCCAGAGGGAUAUGAUUAUGUUGAUUAUUCACAUCCCAAAGUUCCCAAAAAUGCAGCAUAUUCCGUGAUUCGUGGAACUCUUCAGUGUUUGAGGAAUGGUUACUCCAAGCAAGGUUACAAUGCAAUGGACAUCAAUUCAAACAACCACUUAAACAUUCUGAACAAUAAUCUUCCCAGCAUGCACCAGGAGGUGGACAAUGGAGGGAGGUCACUAGGACAAGCUUAUCCUGUGGAUAACGCCAUGUUUGACUUGAAUGACCUUGUACAGGCCAGUUUUGUAUGAAGGUUUUUAUCUGUUCUCAUCAAUAUUUAAAAUUGUACCAAUAAUCAUUGCUGACAGAAGGGCAAAUGUACAUAAUCUUUUUAUGACAUCUGUUUUAAAUGGUGGAGAAUAAUUUGAGACAUAUUCCUGAAAAUAUGGAAUUGUUAUGAUUUUGUUGUUUUGUAAUGUAAAAUGAUAUUACUGCCUGAAUGAAUCCUGCAUAAUAUACAUGUAUAGUGUCACAUCAUAAGAAAUAUUUUACAAUGUUUUAGAAUUCAGUGAAAGUGUCAAAAAGAAAACUCAUGCUUUAACAAGAAAAAAUAUUUUCUGAAAGCCAUGUCUCUUUCAUAAGCAUAGUACGAAGAAAAAAAAACAAAUGAAAUCUUUUAAGUUUGAAAGAAAAAAGCUUUUAAUAACAGUUAAAGAUCAUAAGGGGAUAAUUGUUAAAUGCAUAUUUCAUAUUGAUGUUGUUGAGGGAAAGUUUUUAAAACAUCUCUCAGCAGUUUAAUCAGGUGGAGACAUUGUACAGAAAAUUGCAAAGGACUAUAUUCAGUAAUGGCAAUAUAUGCCCCCCAAAUCAAACUCUGAUGGCAAAAUCUCAAAUUAUUUAUGUUCUACAUGUAAGCCAGGAGACUUCAAAGCAUUGAAUAUUUUCAUCAACCACAGCAUCACAAGUUAAAUAUAUUAAAAGUGACGUAAAAUCAACAUUUCAACUAUUUUGAAAGAAAAUAGGAUAUUUUACGUUGGUAAUUUUAUUGGCAAAUAUCGAGCACAGGACUGCUUAGACACCAUCUUUUGAUAUAUUGUGUAGACUGAUAAUAUCAUUGAAAUAUAUGGAAAUCUGAGGGAGUUUGCACUCUAUAAAUAUCAAAAUUGAACAAGAUUUGUGCAUUUUGUCUUUUUUUUUUUUUGGUCUUUUUUUUCUUAAAAAGAGAAAUCCCUAUAGUUUGUGAUAUCACAGAGAUAAAAAUGUUGAUUUUUUUCCAAUUUCUAAUAUAUACAUGUAUUGUGAAUGAGAUUUUUUCAAUACAAUGUAUACAACUGAGAAUAUUUCAAGAGAUUUUCUUACUUUUACUUUUAUGGGGGCAGGGAUAUGCCUUUACUGCAUAUAGUUCUUUAAUACAAUAUUCAAUAUGACACAAUUCUGUGUAUUUUGAACACUUGAUGUCUUAUGAUGUAUAUACCGAGAUUUAAUGAAUUAAAGAUAUUUUUGUGUGUUCAUGAUUGUAAUGAGAUUGUCAAUGCAUGGACUUCUAUUGUUAAUAUUAUUUGUUAUGUCAAAUAAAAGAAAUAAAUUUG